AAGAUCUACUGUUGCGAAUAUACAGAGACUACGAAUUUACCUUAAUUGCGGGAUUAAAAGUGGGUAUGUAAUCACUGUAAAGGUUAUGAACCACCAUGUGACCUUGUACACAACUGCUUCAAUCCGCCCAGAACUGGAUGGUCUUCUCGCCAAAACAUUUCCUAUUGGCAGUCCAUAUUUGACGAGGUCGAGAACGUUCCGGAGUUUUAUUAUUUAAGAGGUAAUAUCUGAUCAAGUGAAUAGAACAUUUCAUUUAACCAUCUCUCAUUGGUCAUAUCAACAUGUCGCCACUCGUCAGUUCCCGUUUGAUGGUAAUUUUGGCCGUGUGCGUAGUUGGACUCUGGUGCCAUCCGGUGCCCGAAAAGGACAACAAUACGAACGAUGGCGCGCUCAAUCCUAUUUUGAAAAAAAUGAACGAUCUGGGCCAAUUGAACGACUUUGCCGACAGCGACUAUCACGAUACGGUGACCGAUUUUCUCCGUCUGAGCACUACAACGCCAACCGUGGCGACAUCUACCAAGAAAUCUGUAGUCACUACGCCGUCGACUCUCUCGCCAUCGACGACGAUCAAGACAACUAUCGCUCAGACUACAACUGCCAAAAGCCCAAGUUCUACUUCUGGUGUUACCAAGGCCUUUGAAGUGGCCACUGCCAAGUUCUUUCCUAGCGUUGCGCCAACAAUUGUGAUGACAACCGGAAAACCCACCACGGCCACUCCUCCUGUUGCUGAAGCCUUGGUUCCGAAACUGGAAACAUUGGCUCCAAUUGUUGCUACGCCGCUGCCUUUUGUUGAGAAAUUACAAAAGACAAACAAACCGGCCCCGUUUAAUGAAAUCGAGCCUUUAACAAAGCCGACAUUUGCGACCCAAACGACCGCCAUGCCGCCCAUUUCAAAUGUUUCUCAAAAGCAAUUGAUUCCCGAUCCAGUAACUCUGACGCAACAAUCGCCCGCCAUUCCAACCACACAGCCCGGCGUUUCAGGCCCAAUCAAACAGCAAGCCGUGCCGGCCGUUCAGCGUCAGCCGGUUGCUGUACUUAAUCAGCCGCAACAGCAGCAGAUGGCGGUCAGCGGUGCGGCUUCAAUCCAGCAACAACCGACCAAUCUGGUGCAGACAGCCGCCAGCAGCGCAGCAACAGCACCACGUCAACAACAGCAGCAACCAAAUUUCGCUCCAAUGGCAGUCCCAAUCUCCACUCAACAGCAGCAGCAGCCGGUGAUGCAGAAUCCGGCUAGGAUGCAGCCACCGAUGAUGCCGACGAUGCUCAAUGCGGCCCAAUCCGCCACGCAGCAGCAAAUGAUGAUGCAAAAUCCUGCCGUGAUGCAGCAAAUGAUGAUGCGGAAUCCGGUGUUCCAGCAACAACAAUUCCAACAGAUGCUACAGAACCGUCCUCAGUUUCCAGCGAGGGUAUCGCCAGCAGUAUCGACCAGCACUGCGAAACCAGGAGUUCAAAAGACAGCAGCACCCGCCGUGAUGACUCUAAUCAGCAAUCCAUUGUUUGGCAGCAACGGGAGACCCGUCUUCUUCCUGGGGGGUAAUGGAACUCCCACUAAAAUGUUCCCGAUUUCAUCUUUGCCACAACUGCUGUCUCCGCCAGUAGCUAUUACCGCAUCGCCGGUCUAAUUCCAAUACCAUCUCACCGUCGUGCAUAAAACCGAAUCUUUUUAUCUAUAAUAUCUUAACAUCUGAUUUAUUUACUUUUCUCUUUCUCUCUCUCUCUUCGUGACCGUGACAAAAUACUAGAAAUAAAUGGCUGGCCUUUCAUUUCGAAAAAAAAUUCAAGUCUUUUUUAUUAUGACGUACUAUUAUAACCUUCGAGCUAUAAUUCGCCUUCAAUUUCCUUGUCCAAUUCGGCUUAUUACAACAAGAAAGUAUUUAAGUUGCUGUAAAUACAGAUAUUGAUCUUAAAAAAAAUAUAUAGAGCAAGAGAGAUAUGCCUUAUUACCCAUAUCCAUUGAUCAAUCAACGAAAUUGAAAUACUGGCGAACAACAAUCGAAUGACUUAUAUCUCUGAGGGGUUCUGUGAAGGCUAAUUGAGACGUAACGCAACCUCAAAAAGACUCAAUAAGCCGGUCAACCGUUGAUUUUCACGAAAUAUUAACGUGCGGUCUGUCUGGUUCAUGACUCAAAACGAUAAAAAUGCAUAUCGCUUUCAAGCUGGCACCUGCUGGUGUAGAGUCACAGAUUCUUCAAAACUGGGUGGGGUUGCCAUUUUUGUGUAGCUUUUCCACUUAAAUCCGGCGUCUAUGUGUGUGACCCGUUUUCCCUUGAAGCCAGUCAUUCUAGGUGGUUGUUUUUAUAAUAGCCGUCUCUCUUUUUUCUUUCUUCUUUCAGUAGUACAAAUCAUCUCCCGCUGUGUAUAGUGGAAGCUCUUCUUUCACCAAUUAAAUUAGACUUUUCUCUCUCAUUCCUGCUUUUUGUGGCUCUUCUUUUCUUUUCCCCCUUGUCGUUCUAUACACAUCUUCUGCUUUUUUUUUCCACCAGUGUCUAUAAUGAGUAAAUACGUGCGUGAGCAAGUCACGUAUAUAACUCGAUUCGGAGAGAGAUUCCGUCUUCUCCUCCGUCUCCUACUUCUUUCUUCACUAGGUUUUCCUUUUCUUUUUCCAUUUCGUUUUCUUCUCUUCUUCUUUCUCCUUCUUCUUCUGCUUCGCCGUCCUUUUUUUUCGAGUUUCCCCCCUUGUUCGUUGGAGGUGGCCAUGUCGAAGUUGUGCCUUUCACUUUGGCACCGUUCGGUUAUUGGCUGGGAUCUCCGCUGCGUUCGACUUCGCUCCCCCUCUCCAUCCAUCCAUCCAUCCACCGCCACCACCACCA